AUGACUACCGCCGAUGAGAGCCUGGCCAUCUUGGAAGUCGCCUUCUAUGCCCUAGUGGUCCUCCCCGCUGUGUACUGUCUGAUCAUGCACGGCCGACCGGGCCUCACGGGUUGGGCUUACCUGCUCAUCCUGUGUGCUCUUCGUCUGGCCGGCAAUGGGAUGUUCCUGCAGGCGUAUCAGGACGGAACUCUCAGUAUAACGGCUAUGGUGCUGAACGGUAUUGGUCUUUCACCGCUCCUGGGUGCAGGGUUAGGGGUGCUACAUGAAGCGUAUGUUGAUGGCCCUCUGAUCCAUAUCUCCAAGGCUACCCGACUUCCUCGGCCGGAGAGGAAUCCUGAUCACGCACGCAGUGACCUUGGCCGGAGUGGCCUUGGCAGCUUCAAGUGUGAACAACCGGUCGCUGCUCAAAAUCGGAAUGGUACUAUUCACGGUCGGCUGGGUCCUGGUGUUGGCCUCGGUGGCCCUGUCCCACAGCAAAGGCAAGCCCAGUCAGCGAUUACCGGGCGAGGAGAAGACGGUAUCUCCUCCUUGCCUGAAACUGCAAUGCGUGAACUGCUUCGGGACACGGCCUUUGGGAAGCUGGUUCGCAUCCUGAGCGGCCACCGGCUUCUUCGCUAUCCCGAGGAGUGCGAUGCUUCCAUCGCCUCAGAGUACAUACGCACCGAGCCAGGUCAGGAGAAGACCAUCGUCGUUGGCUGGCGCGCGAAUGACAGCGAUGAUCCCCAGAAUUGGGGCUUCGGCAAGAAGCUCCUGGCUAGCUCGUUGGUGUGGCUUUUGACCUUUGCCGUGUACAUUGGCUCGGCGAUCUACAGUCCCGGCAUCCCAGGGGUUGCGACCGAGUUUGGGGUCAGUACUGUGGCCUCGACGCUGGGUCUGACGUUGUUUGUGCUGGGUUAUGGAAUCGGUGUGCUUUCCUGCCCCUUGAUCUGGUCCCCGCUUUCUGAACUCGCGAAUAUCGGAAGAAACCCCAUCUACAUCCUCACGCUGUUUGCCUUUCUGUGUCUGAAUUUCGCGGUGGUGUAUGCCCAGAACUUUGGCAUGCUGCUGGCCUUUCGAUUCCUAACCGGGUUUAUCGGGUCGCCGGCUCUGGCAACAGGGGGUGCCUCCAUGGGCGAUAUCUGGAGCCCUAACACGCGGGAUUAUAUGAUUGUAGUAUGGGGCACUUUCGCCAUUGCAGCGCCGGUUCUAGGGCCCAUGGUUGGCGGAUUUGCCUCGUCGGCCAACGGCUGGACGUGGACCAUGUGGCAGUUGAUUUGGGUGUCCGCAUUCGCGCUGGUGGCACUCUUCUUUCUCUUACCUGAGACAUACGGGCCGAAUAUUCUGUAUAGACGGGCUCGGCGGUUGCGCAGGAUUACAGAACAGCCGUUCUAUUGCGAGGCUGAGCUCGAGCUUGAGACUAUCACUUCCACGGAGAUGCUUUUCGAGGCCCUAGUCCGCCCCUUCCAGCUAUGCUUCCUCGAGCCAAUUGUCCUCGUGAUGAACAUCUACAUCUCUCUCGUAUACGGCAUCCUGUACAUCUGGUUCGAGGCAUUCCCCAUCGUGUUCCAAGAGAUCCACGGCUUCAACCCAGGUGAGAGCGGCAUGUCGUUCCUAGGCAUCAUCACCGGAACCCUCGUCUUCGCCAUCCCCGGCUACUUCUCCUGGAAGUACUUCCACCAGUCCCAGCAGAAGGUGCCCACGCCCGAGUCGCAGCUCCCCCCCGCCAUCGUCGGCAGCAUCUGCCUCCCCGUCUCGCUAUUCUGGUUUGGCUGGACCGGCAACGCGUCCGUGCACUGGGUCGUGCCCAUCAUGGCAUCCGCCCUGUUCUCCGUGGGCGGAUGUCUGAUUUUCAACCCGAUCUUCUGCUACCUGGCGCAUGCGUACCCGCGGUAUGCCGCCUCCGUACUGGCCGGGAAUGACUUCAUGCGGUCUUCGUUUGGGGCUGGGUUCCCGCUCUUUGCUGCGGCGAUGUUUCAUAAGCUGGGGGUGGGCUGGGCGUGUACGUUGCUGGGCUGCUUGACUUGUCUUUUUGUGCCGUUUCCGAUUGUGCUGUACUGGCGUGGGAGGAGACUUCGCUUGGCGAGCAGAUUUGCCAGGCAUGAUAUUUGA